AAGUGACCUCAUGUUUGACGCUGCAAGGAAAUACGUGUAUAACCGACGUCGUGGGCUAUUUGAGACGUCGGUUGUUCUCUGUGGAGCCUAUGCUGUGAGCCGCUAUGUCAACGAGAGAUUGGAGGAAGUCAAGGAGAAGGUUGUCAGAGAAAGGACUGCUCGAGAGGCACUUCGAAGACGUUUUCAGAGUACUCAUGAUGAUGCAUGCUUUACUAUUAUGGCACUUAUUCCUACACUGGCUGAGCAAAUCCUCGAGGAGAUGGAUGUCGAGUCGCUCACCAACGAGCUUCAAUCUCUGUCACGCACAUCCCGUCCUCGACCUCGCUUUCAACAUCCAGAGUCUCAUUCUGAGUCUGAAGUUAGCCUCGCCUCAGAUAUGCACUCAGAUGCUGGGUCUAUGUCAUUGUCAUCCUACUCGGGCAUUGAUGGAGAAACAUCAUCGAACAUGGCAGCUUCAACAGACAGUUGGGUCGAUCGCCUUUCGAGCUCCUCAUCACACAGGAGUACGAGUGAGCAGCUGCAACAACCUCAUGAUUUUCUUGCCUCUGCUGGUAGUCAACUAUCUGACUCAAUUACCACUGCUAGUUCUUCACUGAGCUACAAUCCCGGUGUCCCUUUUCAUGAGCCGCAGACUUCCAUGUUUCCCUCCACGAGUGAGAAUAGCACUCGAACGAAAGCACAACUAUGGAAGGAGGUAAAAAUAUUAACACUGACACGUACACUGACAACACUCUAUACCACUACUUUGUUGUCCCUCCUCACAAGCGUACAGCUAGCUCUUCUUGCACGUGAACGGUACAUAACUUCGGUUCUUUCUGCCGAACGUGUCGAACGCAUCCGCGAGGCAGCACCUACACUCUCUGGUCUCGUCUUCCGUGAGGCUGUAUCUCGCAUUGUUGACGUGGAGAUGAUAUGGCCAGCAUGGUCUACAGGUCAAGAGGAGUGGGAUGAAGAAGUCGAAGGCGUAUCAGAGGAUACUGAGAUGCGCUUCUUGACACUUAGCUGGUGGAUACUACACGUAGGAUGGAAGGAUAUAGCCGCGAGAGUGCGAAGUAGUGUCGAAGCCGUUUUUGAGGGAGUUUCCCUUAAGACAAAAUUGUCGCCUUCUGAGCUCCACGUACUGAUCCUUGAUGUUCGACGACGCGUUGAGCGGGAUGGUACAGGUGACAGUAGAGCAAGCAUACCUGGCCGCUUUCUUGGCUCUCUACUUCCACCGACUCCCGAAACAACAACCCACGUACUUGCACAAGGUGGUGCUCUCUCUCAAGUCCCUUCAAAAAUUUCAUCUCUCCCCAUUUCCUCCAUCUCGUCGUUAGGCGACAGCAAUGACUCUCCGCUGAUUGCCGGUCCCACCCCUCGUGUGGGUAUCUUUCCAACCCCUCCCUCAUCCAUCCCCACCUCAUCCCCAUCACCAUCCUCCAGCCGACCUGCCCCAAACACAACGUCCCUACUCCCAACCUCGCAACCUCGAGCCGAGUUCAAUGAUCCAAUAUUUUCCUUCCUCCUCUCGCAGACCAGAGCAUAUUUGUCCGGUCCAGAUUUUGCUUAUGCCCUCAGCGCUGCGCUCGACCGCGCCACGAUGGUACUGGUCGAUGGACUCCGGGCGAAGGUGUUCGUAGACUCAAACUCAACGAACGUCCCAGAUGGGCUGUCAGUAACCAAUCCGAUUGAUUUGACUGUGGAAGAGGAAACGAAGGAGGAGAUAAAGAUACGGUUGGCAGGCCUUUUGCCCGGAUUAGCGCGGUGGAGCCAGCUGGCGUUGAAUGCUGUGCCCAACGAAUUGGUAGAUAAUGUCAUGGCGGUGCGCGAGCUCGGUGCCCUGGAGGCAAUUGUCAUGUCAGAUUAUGAGGAUCGAUACUCUAAUUGAUGUCGAGACAGAAAAAGUCAUCUAUUAACUGUUUGAAUUGAUGAAUGACAUGUAUGCCUGGCGGCCUUGAGUGAUGCAUUAACGUCAGCAUAGAUCAAACACAGACAGAAAAUGUAUGCAUAUAUAGGGAAGCACCUCGCUCCGAAUUCGCAAGGGAAGAAAAU